CAGCCAUAUGUACAUAGCAAUUAGACCCCUCCGAUCGAGUGAUCGUCAGUUUGUGCUGACGCCUAGAAUUCACAGUAACAUGAAACUUUAAAAAGAAAUCCCACCGCGUUAUAUAUUAACGUUGGUGUCGGCUCUCCAUUAAGUAGGUAGUGGCUAGAUCCAUCUCACUCCAUUUCUCCGCUCUUCGCCUUCGCCGGCAUGCGACAAUUCGCACUUUACUUUGAUCGCGACAUCUUUCCGUAAUGGCCCAACAGGCGCCGGAAGUGCUUACGGGCCCUUCCCAGGUCCCUGACACCCUUGCCGGAAUCAUCAUUCCGAUAUUCUUCGCAAGUCUCGUGGUCAUCGGCCGCCUUUAUUCGAGAUUUCUACUGAAGAACCAUUGGUGGGACGAUGCGGCUAUAUUCUUCGCAUGGUUGUUCGCCAUUGCGCUGGUCGCAAUCGUCGGCGUCGAAACCGAAUAUGGCCUCGGCCACAAGUUCAGUAAUAUCCCUCUCCGGUUGCGACCGGUUGGCAUCCGACUAUCAUACGCGACGAUAAGCUGUUACCAAGUUUCGUUAGUCCUAACGAAGAUCAGCAUUCUGUUAUUCUACCUGCGAAUCUUAAAGAUACCGUAUCAACGAGUUCUCGUAUUUAUCACCAUGGGCUGCGUCGUGGUUUACGGCAUCGUCUUCUUCCUUCUCACUUUCUUCCUGUGCAACCCCGUACAGAACAGAUAUGAAUUUGAUAUUAGGGUGGGACAUUGUCUGGCUUACUACCCGAUCAUGACGGCGUCGGCUGCCUUGCAUACAACAACUGAUGUAUGGAUGAUUGGAAUGGUGCUCCCCCAUAUACUUAAAAUGACGCUGCCGAUACGACAAAAAGUCGCUCUUGCAUUCGUCUUGACUCUGGGUAUAUUUGUGGCUUGCGCCUCUCUGACACGGAUGGCUGUUGCAUGGGAAUUCCUCAACCCAAAAUACGCUCAGUGGGACUCGUUUUCAUUUGCGAUCUGGACCACGUUGGAGUCGAGCUUAGGUCUGGUCUGCGCCUCGGUACCAAUGCUAAAGCCCUUGGUCAGGCAGCUGAUGGGUCUCAAGCCCUCCUCAAAGCCCGAUGUUUUGAAGAACGUUCCUCGAACCAGGGGUCCAGAGAGACAAGAAAACCGAAUAAACGAAUACGCCUCGGAUGCAACGACGUUAUGGACAAGGGGCGGGGGAGAUGCCGAUAUUGAAGGAAUCGACCUCAGGCCAAUAAAGACUAAUCAAGCAUAUAGAGCCCCGACAGCAGGAGCGAUUUCAGAAGAAAGACUUGUCACUGUGUGAUGUCUUAUGAGGUUGGGGUUGGAAAGGACACCACGGCCAUACGAAACGAAAAUAUAAUGGGCGAUGAAUUUACGACAUGUGCUAUUCCAUACUGGUAGCUUAAGAAUUAUGACUUCGUCUUCUGAGAUGUCCCCGGAUAUACCUAGACAGAUUUAUGACGUUACGCCUGCAUAUAUUCAUAACUUUCCAAUUUUACAGCUUCUUCGUAAGAUUUGAUGCUGUAUCGACGGCGUUAGAUCCUAGAACACGCCUAUAAUAUACUCGGCUCGAUAUCGAUACGUCAGUAAUACAGACCAAGACCCGAGUCCUCAUGUCCUACCCGACAUACGGAGAUACUCAACUACUGGUACUGUGUAGUGUACCUACUAUCAAUUUCAUUUAGAAUGAACGAACAACUAGGUCAAGCUGUAGCAAGAGGAGAGAGCAGGAUACUUUUCUUCCUAGUACCAGUAACUAUAUAACGUGCGAUGGCUAAAGGGUCUAUAUGCGAAACAUAACAAAAGCAUGGGCUAAAAGUAUAUCAUCAAGACUUGUAGAAUAUCAUACUCUACAAGCUAAGCCAAUAAAAAUUAUCAAGA